AUGCCCACGUAUCUAUGCCACGGAUUUCGAUGGCAUCGCCGGGCCAUCCGCAUUUACGUCAUCCUCAACGAUCUCGAGGAUGCCGCCUCAAAUUGGAUUAUUGGACCUGCGACUUCUUCGUCUAUCGUCUCUCAGUUCUACACCUCAUACGACUUUCUCCCUGAGGUCGCACCGCCACAGCAGGAAGCAAGCGUCAGCAUCAACAAGGCCAAGAAGGAUAAUCAACAUCUCGACGAUGACCUCUCACUCCCACCAUCGCGUGUGCCACCUGAGAAUGAUGGCGUCCUCAUGCAUUCGUGGUCCGCAGUCAAGCUUCUGGAGGAGUUUGACCCUGAGGAGACCGUGACGCCGUGCAGGCCGUACGCUUAUGUUGCGGACUAUGUGGUGCGGGUCGACUUGAGUGUGGAUGUGGCAGGUGAAAUGGCCAAGUAUUACGAGAGGAUGGCAGGUGAAGAUGGGUGGAUUGUGAAGUUGAGGGAUGAGUUGCAGAAGGGGGAGCCGGUGAGAUGGUAUGUCGUUGUUUGUGGGGAUGAGGUCAGGGACUUUCCGGGAGCGAGUGAUGAUGAGGAGAGCGAAGAAGAUUCAACAUCUGAGUAUGGUGGCGAAGGCGACGAUACUCUCACAGUGCUGGAUGCUGUCCCAGAGGAACAAGAAGGGCGCACAACACCGAGACCUCCCGAACAGGAGUGGCCAGACAUCCGCCAACCUAUCCAACCCAGCGAGCCCCUUCCACAGAGGCUAUCAACUUCAACGACAUCAUCAUCACAAUGGUCACAAGAAGAUGCAGCCGCGCCGCCGAGACUAACGCCGGAUCUCGAAAUACCACUCCUUCAAACCUUUGAUAGCGUCUCGUCACGGUAUUCGACAUCGACGGCGUCGGGACUCUACCACGAUGGAGACCGCUUGCUGCUGGAGCCUGAAGAGUUUGUGAUGGCGCAGUCACCUGCGCGGACUCCUUUACGGGAGGAGGCACCAGAUAUCGUCAUGCCCAUCAGAGCUGAGGAGCUCAACCCAUCUCUAUCAGCGUGGUCGACUACACCGAGCCCUCAACAUACUGAGCUGCCAGACUCAGGCUCACAUCCAUACGCGGAGAUUAUGCCAUCUCGGUCACCCUCACCAAUGUCUCCGGCUACUGUGAGACAAGAAAAGACAGGUCCAGAAAGAGGGGCCAGAAUCGUUGCACGAUCCCCGAGACUUUCAGUCCUCUCAAACACCGUCUCCUACCUCACCAAACCCCCCACGGUUAGGGGUGAUCAGACCAUUGAAUACUGCCCAAGAUACUCGGCCGCCCCAAACACCGUCACCAACUUCACCGAAUCCUCCAAUGUCAAAUAUGACGAGGCCAUUGCACGAUCCCCAAGAGACCCAAUCUUCUCUGAUACCUGCGCCACUUUCACCGAAACCUUUACAGCCAGGGCUGAAAAGCUCAUUGAUCAACCCCAAACAUCUUCAUCCAUCUCGAACGCCCUCGCCAACUUCACCAACUUCGCUCGAGUCGCCGCAGUCAAGCAUGACAAGGCCAUUUAUCAACCCCCAAGCUCUUCACCCUUCUCAAACCCCAUCCUCGACUUCGCCGAACCCGCCAACAAGGUCGUUGAUAAACGCUCAAGAUCUCCAGCCAUCACGGACACCCUCGCCCCCGUCACCAACUUCACUGGGUCCCUCACAGACAAGGCAACUGAUCAACCCCCAACAUCUCCUGUCUCAAACGCCCUCACUAACUUCGCCAACACCAUUAGGGGCUUCACAAACAAGAUCACUUAUUAA